ACCGUCCUAAUUUGGAAUGCGCACGUGGUCCUCUCGGCAAUAAGCGUUUUGCGCUCCUUCCACUAAAUUGUUUCUGCUUCCAGUCUCCGUUCUACCCUCUUGUUUGAAGUUUGCGUUUGGGUCUUUGACCCGGCACCGUCCUUCAAUGUUGCAAAUAUCUUAGGCCAGGCUGUAUUCUCUCUCAUCGUCGAGCUGAAAACAAUUCAAGAUUUGACAUCUCUGUGUUUGAGCGGCUCAGAACAAUAGGAACAAAUGCAUUGUUUGGUUUCUUUGGCUACACAUUGUACCUGGAAUGGAGCUAUAAAUCUCGGCCAGUUCACCCUACAGUACUUGUGCCGUUUACGACUUUCCUUCAAAGUUUGACUUCUCUUGAGCCCGGUGCUCCACUUCUCAUUAGACCUGAUCAUGAUGCAACUUACGAUCUACACACUUUCUCUCGCUCUUUCCUUCCUUUCAUUAACUCUCGCGGCUCCCGCUUUAGACUCUGCCACUCUCAUCCGGAAUGGCCAGGAUGCUCAGACGCUAAACGCUGAAUUCCAACAACUUCGUGCCACCAAUGCUUGCAAUACUGGACAGAUGGCCUGCAUCAAUGGCAGUUUCGCACUAUGCCAGUUCGGCUCAUGGAAGCUCCAGCCAUGCACCGAUUCACGGAAAUGCUUCGCAGUCCCCUCCGUCACGUCCAAUGGAACACAACUCGUCUGUACAAGUGAAGCCAAUGCGUUAUCUCUCAUUAAUGCAGCUGGAGCACAAGGCGAAGUUGCUUCCAGUAAGAACGGCACUAUCGCGUUUCCCACUACCUCUAUCGCGAAUAGCCCACAAGCUUCUUCCGUAGCGACUAACGUAACAUCCGCGACCUCUUCCGCUUCUGAAGACGGCAUCGCAGUUGUCACUGUCACCGUUACUGUAGGACCAACAUCCACACCUGCCCCAACCCUGACACUUCCUCCGGAAACGCGUACUCUUAACGAGUCAGACGUCUUGAGUCUAGUCUUGAGCAUCCAAGCGGAGGGUUACUCCAUUGUGACCUCAGUUGAAAGCGAGUCUUCUGCCACUGCCACUCCUGGCUCGGUCUCUGCGAGUGUGAGCGCUACGCCAGCUACAAAACCAGGAGGGUACCAGAGGGUGGUUCACCCGGCCUAUUGGCGUCGAGAGCGUCGAGAGGUUCCUUUGCCCACCUCAGGCGUUGUUGCCGAUGGUCGCAGGGGAGUUCGUAGAGUUUAAUGAUCUUUAUGUUUCGCUGUAGCAAUUAGCCCCUCAUUUAUUGUAUUGAUAGCAUGUCGGCAUCGUAAUCCACAGUUCAGCUGAAUUCUCUAAAAGCAUUCCGUAAGUUGUGAAGCAUGCUAAGUACAGGUAUGACUAGCAUCUCGACCUUCGUUCGAACCCGGCCAUUAUAGUCGAGUUCGGAUUAUGAAGAAUACAGCGAUGGCAGGGAA